CAUCACGGAAAGUCACUUGACAGCGCUAGUAUUAUCUCUCAACCAUGUGCAGAAAAACAUCUCUUCCCAAUAAGCCGGAGCCUUGUUACUUAGCCUAGAUGCGAGUCUCCGCGCUUUUGCAAUUGCAGGAUAUCGACAUCCGACCACCCUCGAAUCCGCUAAUCGACAGACUAACUCCGCAGCUAUGCUUCGCUUGCUCGCCUGGAACAGACAACCUGGUGAAAAUCUGGGGAAAGCUGGAAAAUGGAUAUCCAAGUCGCUCGUUCUUUAAGAUGCUUGACCGCUCCCCGGACUGGCCUUUCCUUUCCAUCCCCACGCCCGAGAGCCUUGGAUUACGGCCAUGACAAUUGACAUAUCUAUAAUUCAUAACCAGGAACCCAAACAUGGCCCAACUGCUACGUAAACGACUCGCCCGAAUAUCCGAUGGCGUCGUCAAAACCGACGUCCUGAUUGUCGGCUCUGGAGGUUCAGCCCUGACAGCAGCCCUACGCGUCAGGUCCGCCGGCCUGUCCGCCCUCGUCGUCGAAAAGAGCGCAAAAGUCGGUGGAACGACAACCUAUUCUGGGGGAGGCCAUUGGAUCCCAAACACGCACCUCCAUGAAGGCGCCAACGACAGCCCCGAGGAAGCUCUGGAGUACAUGGAAGCCAUUAUUGGAGACGCGGGUCCUGCAUCAUCUCGAGAGCGGAAACUCGCAUUCCUUCAAAAUGGGCCGAAAAUGGUCAAGUUCUUAGAGGAUGAGGGAUUUCGAUGGCGAAAAACGGUCGGGUAUCCAGAUUACUUCCCUGAACAGCGCGGUGGGAAGAUUGGAGGGAGGGGUGUCGAGCCGGCAAUGUUCGACCUCAAUGUUCUGGGUCCUUGGAAGGAUAGGUUGAAUUUUAACCCCACGAGGCCCCCAUUCCCGGUGUAUACGUAUGAAUUGUCCAAAUUAGUACGUGCGAAGAGUUCUUGGGAUGGAAUGUUCAUGGCCAUUAGGGUGUUCGGACUGCGGCAAUAUCCACAGAUACUGCUCGGGAACUCUCCUUGUACUUUGGGGGUAUCCAUGGUCGGGCAGCUGUUGUACUUAAAUAUCGAAAAGGGCGUCUCUAUUUGGACCGAAUCUCCGAUGACCGAUCUUGUCGUUAAAGACGGGCAGGUGACCGGCGCAAUCGUUGAAAAAGUCGGUAAAAAAAUCACAAUUGAGGCUUCACGAGGCGUCAUCCUCGCAGCAGGCGGCUUUGCAAAGAACACUGAGAUGCGCAAGAAAUACCAGGCAUCGCCCAUCACGUCAGACUGGACCUCCGUCAUCCCAACCGACCAAGGCGAUGCCAUUUCGGCGGCCCUCAAAAUUGGCGCAGCAACUGCGCUCAUGGAUGCUGCGUGGUGGGGCGCUGCAAUGGUGGAUCCAAAGUCUGGACAAGCGUUCUGGUGCCUAUACGACCGUGUGUUACCGCAUUCGAUUAUCGUGGAUCAGACGGCUGAGCGCUUUACCAACGAGUCGCAGAAUUACAAUUCCAUUGGGCAUGCGCUAUGGAAACGAAAUGAAGUCAGCCCUGCGAUUCCGUCUUUUCUCAUCUUGGACUCGAAUCAUAGAGAUAGAUAUGUGCUUGCUGGACGCCUCAUGCCUGGGCAUACCCCCCAGGAGGUCCUUGAUUCAGGGUUCGUCACCAAGGCGGAAACUAUACAAGAAUUAGCCGAGAAGUUGGAUCUAAGUGCCUCAGUUUUGGGCGAAACUGUGAAACGCUUCAACGGGUUCGUUUCAUCGGGUGUAGACAAGGAUUUCCACCGCGGCGAAAGCGCGUAUGACUCCUUCAUGGGAGAUCCUUCAUAUUCCCCAAACCGAAAUUUAGGAGCUAUCGAGAGAGGACCUUUCUAUGCGGUGAAAUUAUGGCCUGGUGAUUUGGGCACGAAAGGUGGUAUCCUGACGGACGAAUACGCACGCGCACUGAAGGAGGAUUCUGACGGUGGACGACAGGUCAUCCAAGGACUGUAUGCGGUGGGAAACUCGUCGGCAAGCGUGAUGGGAAGAACAUAUGCUGGGCCAGGAGCGACACUGGGGCCGGCCUUGACGUUUGCGUAUAUAGCUGCGAACCAUAUUAUCAAACAUGAUGACUGA